UCCCUCCGCCCCCAAAAUAAGCGAACAUGAAGCGACUGAUUAACGAUCAAUCAAAAUCAAAUCGUCAAUCCCUCCACGUCCAAGCGAAUCCGAUUAUUAAAAAUCUUUUCAAUUAACUUUAUGAUGAUGCUGCAAAUGGCAGUACCAUUAUAACUGUAUUUUGGAACUUAAGACUUGCUGGUUAGGGCUUGUGAGAGGAUUGGGAAUGUGAGGAAUGGCUCGGGACGGGCACGUGGUGCCGGCGGACCCGGGUGCGUCGGUGGUAGCGAAGAUGAAGGGCCAGUGGGCUCGGAGCUGGAUGUCGAUCGACUGCACCGGGGAAAGGAUCGGGCUGGACGUGGACAAGUACGCCAUCAUGCGCCGCGUCCACAUCCACGCCCGCGACCUCCGCAUCCUCGAUCCCUUGCUGUCCUACCCCUCCACCAUUCUCGGCCGUGACAAGGCCAUCGUUCUCAACUUGGAGCAUAUCAAGGCAAUCAUCACUGCUGAAGAGGUAUUGCUACGGGAUCCAACAGAUCAGAAUGUUAUCCCUGUUAUCGAGGAACUUCAGAGGCGAUUGCCUCCUGUAAAUGCAAUUCACCAAGGUCAGGGCAGUGGGAAAAAGUACCCAGGUGGGCAAAAUGACGUUGAGGCAGGCGAAGAAGAUGAGUCUCCAUUUGAAUUCCGGGCUCUCGAGGUAGCUUUGGAAGCCAUUUGUAGUUUCCUUGCUGCACGUACAAUGGAAUUGGAGAGUGCCGCUUAUCCUGCGUUAGAUGAGCUUACCUCUAAGAUUAGUAGCCGUAACCUGGACAGGGUUCGCAAACUGAAGAGUUCGAUGACAAGGUUGACUGCUCGGGUUCAAAAGGUUAGAGAUGAACUUGAACAACUACUUGAUGAUGACGAUGAUAUGGCUGACCUUUACUUGUCGAGAAAGUUGGCUAGUGCAUCUUCACCAGUUAGUGGCUCAGGCCCUGCCAAUUGGUUUUCUGCCUCUCCUACCAUAGGCUCAAAGAUAUCCAGAGCAAGUAGAGCAAGUUUGGCUACAGUUCGUGGAGAUGAGAAUGAUGUUGAGGAGCUUGAAAUGUUACUGGAGGCAUACUUUAUGCAGAUUGAUGCCACAUUGAACAAAUUAACCACGCUGCGUGAAUACAUUGAUGAUACGGAAGAUUACAUCAAUAUUCAGCUUGACAAUCAUCGAAACCAGCUGAUUCAGUUGGAGCUCUUUCUAAGUUCUGGAACUGUUUGUUUAUCCCUCUAUUCUUUGGUGGCUGCAAUUUUUGGCAUGAAUAUCCCGUAUACUUGGAAUAAUAACCAUGGCUACAUGUUUAAAUGGGUGAUCAUUGUCGCGGGAUUGUGUAGUGCUUUUCUCUUUGUAAUAAUUAUUUCUUAUGCUCGCGGCAAGGGAUUGGUUGGAUCUUGAAUUCAUUCGUACAUGAAGCAUUCCUGUGAGAAAAAAGGAGUUUCCAGCUUGAACACUGUGACAAUUGUCGUGCAGUGUAAUAAAUUAGCUUCCUCUCUCUCUCUCUCUCGCCCCCUCUGUGGCCAAGAUCACAUGCGGCGACACUGUGUUAUUCUAAAUGGAACAUAACGAGUACCCCAAAAUUAUCAACAAUCUGGGAUUUAUUGGUUUCAGGCACUUGUGCAAGUGUAAAAAGAGUUGGCAGAAUGUCAAUUCAGUCUCUCAAUUUUGAUUCACAAUUCUUCUCAUUGUUCUUUAUACGCAUCAGUGUAUUUACAGGAUAUACCUGUACUGGAUCAUAAUUCUACUGUUAUCCAUCAAUUGGUUGUUUGGAUC